AACAAGAAGAAGAAAUAUCAGAUGUUCAUUGACUGAAUUGUGUACAGUUUGUGCAGUUUGCUGUUCAAAAUCUUGGAAGUACGUCCGUAACCGUUUUGUGGUUUUAAAUGGCAACCAGGGUUAGGCGAAAAGCGGCGGCGGUCCCGGCGAUUGUGGAUUUAGCUUCAGACACAGAUGAUGACGACAAUGCUAAUUCGAAGCGCAGGAGGCGGGAUUCAGAUGAUGUUGAGUUUGUGGCUGAUACGAAGGAAGAGAGGAAAAAAAGAACACGGGAAACUGUGAAGUCAGAUGCCACUGCCGAAAAACGGAAAAAGACUGAAAAGGCAAAUGACGAACCACGGAAGAAGCCAAGCACGAAGAGAACGACGAAAGCUGCAAGCGUACUGGAAAAGGAAAACAUAUUAAAUCCAUUUGCUACCAAUCGGGCGUCAGAGCAAGUGGGAAACAAAAGCAAAUCAUCGGGCGAAAGGCCGGUCGCGGCUAGCGGGAAGAGUAAUGCAGUUGAGAAAGUUGUCGGGGCGGGGAACAGCUGCUUUAGGAGCUUAAAACGUAAACAAACGUGGGAAGUUCCUGAGCUCCUUGCCGAAUUGGAAGAUAUCGACGAUACUUCAUCACGUAAUAUUGUUUCGUUGUUUGAAGAUGAUAAUACGAUUCCAUUCAUUUGUCGCUAUCGGAGAGACAUGAUCCCGCCAAAUCUACAACCCGAAAGAUUGCGUGAUAUCAAAAACACUUACGUGGCACUAUUAUCAUUGAAGAAGAGAGCGGAGACUGUUGUGAAGACAUUGGAAAAGGAUGGUGUUCUUACAAAAGAGAUUGAAAACGAAAUACUUGCAGCUCGAACUAUGGAUGAAUUGGAAUUUUUGUAUGCACCGUACAAACCAGCAAAUAAAGGGUCAUUAGCAGAUCGGGCUAAAGCCUUAGGCUUGGAAAAGUAUGCCGACGAUAUCCUCUACGGGAAGUCAUCUCAAGUGAAUUUGUUUAGUCUCGUUAACAAAUCUAAUCCCGACCUAGACACACUUGACAAAGUAGCUGACGGAAUUUGCCAUAUUAUAUCCCAUAAUAUCAGUAAAAGCACUGAAGUGUUAGAAGAACUCAGAAGACUGCAAAAAGUGCAUCGUAUCGUGUUGAAAUGCGCUAAAGCAAAGGCGUCCAAAGCAAAAGACGUUGAAGAUUCAAAACGAAAUGCGAAAGUGGAUGAAUCAAAGUAUGAACACUACUUUACUUUUGAAAACGCCGUUAAAUACGUGAAACCACAUCAAGUACUGGCCAUAAACAGAGGCGAGAAAGCAAAAGUUCUUUCGGUAAAAAUCGAAGUCCCUGAUCGACUGAAAAACGAUAUUCGAUACUUUAUUCGAAAGUUGUAUUUGUUUCAAGGAUGUGGGUAUCCGUUGCGCUCUCAAAUCUUUGACAAGGCUUUCGAGGAGUGCUUUUCGAAAAAAUUACAACCCCUAAUCAGUCGCCAACUGCGAACAGAUUUGAAUGAAGCUGCAAUGAAAGCGUCGAUAGAUGUGUUCGCCAAAAACCUGAAGCAAUUAUUGUUAACGUCUCCUUUGAAAGGUGAAUGUAUUUUGGGGAUAGAUCCAGGAUUUUCGAAUGGUUGCAAGUUAGCUCUGAUUUCGAAAACGGGAGAUGUACUUGAAACAGGUGUGAUUUAUCCGCAUAAAAAGUUUUGUGAUCCCAUUGAGUGGGGUGUGAAAAUGGCGGACAUGAUGAGGAGACAUGGAUGCAAUCUAAUUGCUUUAGGGAACGGCACUGCUUGUCGCGAGACUGAACUGUGGAUAACUGAAUUGUUUGCAGAAGGAAUUUUAGAUGAAACAUCUGUUCGGUACAGUAUAGUAUCAGAACAGGGGGCGUCUAUUUACUCCUGCGGAGAAGUUGCGAAGAAGGAAUUCCCUAAAAUGGAUGUAAAUUUAAUCAGUGCAGUUUCAAUUUCGCGUCGUUUAAUGGAUCCGCUAAGUGAAUAUGUGAAAAUCGAGCCAAAGCACAUAGGCGUCGGCAUGUAUCAGCAUGAUGUGAACGAGAAAGUAUUAUCAGAGACCUUGAAUGAAGUUGUUUCAGAAUGUGUGAGUUUCGUCGGUGUUGAUCUGAAUACGGCAAGUUUGAGCUUGUUGAAAUAUAUAGCGGGUCUAACUGCCUCAAGAGCGGAAAAAAUCAUAGAAUAUCGUACAACUAAAGGACCGUUUAAGACAAGGAAGGAUCUGCUGCUUGUGAAGUCUGUCGGUGCGAAAACAUUCACUCAAUGUGCAGGUUUCGUACGCAUUGAACCUUUAAGUGUCGGCGGUAGAGUUGCCAAUUUAUUAGAUUGCACCUGGGUACAUCCCGAAAGCUACGAUAUCGCCGAAAGGAUUAUUGCAAAAUGUGGAUUAAAAUUAGAAAACAUUGGACAACCUGAUUUCAUUAAUCGCAUCACUAAUUUUCGCAUUUCAACUCCUUUAGAGCGAUUGGAGGCGGAAUUUAAGGUUCCCAAAGAAAGGAUUUUAACCGUGUUUGAAGCACUGCAGCGGGUACUCUUCAGUGACUAUCGAAGUGACAUAAAUAAGAAGCCUUUAUUCAAGAGGGGAAUUACGAAAAUGUCAGAAUUGGAAAAAAACAUGACUGUGACAGGUGCUGUUACAAACGUUACACAUUUUGGAGCGUUUGUUGAUAUUGGUGUUGACAAAGACGCUCUAAUUCAUAGCAGUCAAAUGAAUGGUUGCAUUUUAAGCGUUGGUGAUCGCGUACAAGCUACUGUCCUGAAUGUUGAUGUUCAAAGAAGUCGUAUACAGUUAAGUUUAGAUGAGUUACAAACGUAAGAUAGAUAUACAUUGGUUAAGAGAGAAAAUGAAUUCCAACAAUUUGGUUUUAAGACAUUUAUUCAGAGAUGUGAAUAUUAGAUAGGAAUACUUUUUGUUAGUUUAUUUUAUUCAAAGAUGUUUCUGAAAUAUUAA